GGAUGGAGAAGCAUAAUGGAGCAUUGCAAAUGGAAAUGAUGUCCUUGUUCAAGAUAAUUGGAUUCCAAAUGUGGAUUAUCCUUUAUAUGAUACCCAGUAGUCUGAUGUGCAGCCAAAUCUAAAGGUUGGAGAUUUACUUGAUCACACUUUCUACUGAAAAUAUCCAUUGAUACACUCCAUGUUUCCUACGCCGGUGGCUCAAAAUAUUAUGUCCAUGUAUCUUCCGGUAGAUCCGAAUUCCCAUCAUGAUCAGCUCAUUUGGGGCCGAACUUCAACUGGGAUUUAUACAGUCAAGUCUGGAUAUUAUGAAGCCAUAAAUUUGAAAGAAGCAAAUAUUGCAUCAAGUUAUGGAAACUCUACCAAGUCCUUAACUGAGGCAGGAUGGAAGAAAUUUUGGGCACUCAAGUUGCCAGCCAAAAUUCAGUGGCUCAUUUGGAGAGCCGUGACCAAUGCUUUGCCUACCUUAUCAGGUUCGAAUAAAAGAGUAAUGCAAUUGUCAGCUGUUUGCAUGAGGUGUAGCGUUGGGAUCGAGAUUGUUCAACAUCUAUUUUUAGACUGUAUUGUCUCAAAAAGAGCUUGGCGGUAUUCUCCACUUGGUUUUGAUUUUGACAAGAGCGAUGGUUCUAGUUUUGCAGAAUGGUUGAAUGAUUGGAUUUUGACAGCUCCAGAUUUGCAAUCUAUUCAAUUCUCUUUGUUCAUGUGUUGGGGUAUUUGGUUAGCUCGUAAUGAGAAUGUUUGGGAGGAAGCAGUUGUAUCCCCAGUAGAAAUCUUACGGAGAGCACAACAAUACUUUCAAAUUUUUAAUGCCAGUCAACAUGGAGAUCAGAGGCCUGCAGGUUUAACGGAAAGCACUGAGCUGACCUCCCAAGUUCUUCCAGGCGUGCAAAUACAUGUUGAUGGAGCCUUUAACAAUCAUGAAAAGAUUGGAGCAGCGGCAUGGGAGUGUAUUGAUCAAUAUGGUAGGUGCCUUCACUGUGGCAGCUGCACUUUUUUGUCGUACACCCCCCUCCAUGCUGAGGCAAUGGCCUGCCUUAAAGGUUUGCAAGUAGCAAAGGAGCUAGGAAUCUCUCAAUGUGUUCUUCAAUCUGACAAUGCAGCAGUUGUAAAGCUUGGCUCAAAAAGUGUAGCAUUGCCCUAUCCUCUUCACAUGCUAGGGAGUGAUAUAUGUAAGUUAAGAGAUAGUUUUGCUUUAUGUUCUUUUAUGAAAGUAGAUAGAUCUAUCGUUGAAAACGCUCAUAAGUUAGAUAGAGUGUCUCCUGUAAUGAAUGUUUUGUAA